AUGGAUGCUGAGUGGCGGUUCAACGGUGGUGCACGGAUAUUUUUCGUAUGGGAACAGAGGACGAGCAAUCAAACUAGCUUCCUGGGGUGCUCAAGAUGGCAGGAGAAGACUGUGAUGCCAGCUAAGGUCACUGACCCACGACUAAGCCGAAAAAUCUCAGUCAGGGAUCCCCUAGGUUGUGGGAUUUUUGGUAGGCGGCUUCACACUGUUCUAUACUUCAAGAGUGUGACCAAAGAGGAUUCAGGGUGGCUGGUUGCUGGGUGGAUUAGGGAAUCACUUGGGAUAGCAUUGGUGGAGCAACCACUGCUUGGUGGACGCCUCAAGAGAGUUGGAGACAGUGAGGGAGAGUUUGAGAUUGUGUCCAAUGACAGUGGUGUAAGGCUCAUGGAGGCAAGGACUUCAAUGGCUUUAUCUGAGUUUCUGGAGUUGAAAGAUUGGGAAGCUGUGGAAGCUGAUCAGCUAGUCUUCUGGAAGGAUAUUGAUGAACAAAAUCCUCAGUUUUAUCCACUAUUUUAUGUUCAGGUAACAAACUUUGAGCGUGGUGGAUACUCAAUUGGGAUUAGCUGCAGUCUUCUUGCAGACCCUCUAGGCAUGGCAAGCUUCCUCAAGAGAUGGGCUAGUAUCCACAACACUCUAGUCUCUGAAAAUGAUAAGUCAAAGUUACCAAUAUUCUACCUCCUUAGUCUCAGAAGGCUCAAUGACACUCCCUCUAUUCACAUGAUCAGCUCAAACACAAGCAGAAACCGAGCCCGGGCUAAGAUCUUUAACAUGGCUGAAAAUAUGAAUUCAGAUGACAAAAUUUGCAGGACAGUGGCAUCAGUCUGCAUUGAGGAGGCUAAGUGCCAUCUUGGUACAAAAAUGGCUAGUAAGUAUUGGUUGUUCCUGAAAAAACUGUCUGAGGAUAUUAAGAUAGAAGCUUGCUCAAAGGAGGAGAUUGUGCCAUUGUCUAUUAGUGGACUCAGUGAAUUAAGGUGGGAUGAUUCAGGGGUGCAUGAGGUAGCUUUCUUCCAAGGGAAUAGGCCAAUUCAUGUAUCGUUUUGGAUUGGGUCACUCAUUAAUGAUGGAUUAGUGAUUAUUGCUCCAUCUUCUUCUGAUGAGGGUUGCUCCGGAAUGAAUGUUGUUGUCACAACCCCUGAGGAGGAGAAGAUAUGAGAGAGCCUCCCAUGCCUUUGCUUCAAA